AUGGCAGCAGCGUCAUCGAGUUCAUCCUCCUCAUCUGUGUCCAAGCUGGAUGUACCAUUACAUAUCAAAUAUAUCCAGAAUUUAGACAAGCGCCAGGACCUAGCUUAUCAUCUCACCUCGCAUCUGCGUCUCAAUGGAAUAUACUGGGGACUAACAGCUUCUCAUAUAAUGGGGCAACCCUCGGCGCUAGAUAGAGAAGGUGUGAUAGAGUAUGUCUUAUCGUGCUGGGACGAGGAAGCGGGUGCUUUUGGUCCUCAUCCGAAUCAUGAUGGACACAUAUUAGCUACAUUAUCAGGUAUACAAAUCAUGUUGAUGGAAGAUGCUAUUGACAGGGUCGAUGUGGACAAUAUAACAAAGUUCCUCCUCGACCGUAUCAACCCCGAUGGAUCUGUCUCUGGCGACUCAUGGGGCGAGAUCGAUACUCGAUUUACCUACAUCCUCUUAUCAUCGCUAUCUCUACUGGGUAGACUCGACCGUAUACCCAAAGAUAAAAGGGAGAAUAUAGUAGAGUACAUAAGUACGUGUAGAAAUUUCGAUGGUGGGUUCGGGAGAGUUCCAGGAGCAGAGAGUCAUUCGGGACAAGUAUGGGUUUGUACAGCCGCUUUAUCGAUAUUGGAUAGACAAGAUCUAAUUGAUAUACCAUUAUUGGGAGCAUGGUUAUCUGAAAGACAAUUACCUAAUGGUGGAUUGAAUGGGCGUCCAGAGAAGUUGGAAGAUGUUUGUUACUCUUGGUGGUGUCUCGCCUCGAUAUCGAUAUUGGGUAAAUUAAAUUGGAUCAAUAAAGAUAAAUUAAUAAAUUUCAUAUUAGGUGCUCAAGACCUGGAAGAUGGUGGUAUAGCCGAUAGACCAGGUGAUUGGGUAGAUGUCUUUCAUACGUUAUUCGGUGUAGCUGGUUUAUCGCUCCUGGGAUAUCCAGGAUUAGAAGAUAUAGAUCCAGUAUAUUGUAUGCCAGCGAAAUUGAUCGAUAAAUUAGGAUUAACAAAACCUUAUGCUACUUUACCAAGAAUGCAAUCGUAUCCUUAA